AGAUGGCCGCGGAUGAGGGCUGGAGGGAAGGGAUCUGCUCAGCUGCAGGUUUUUAGCCUCCAGACUGCAGCUUAAGACACUUUAACCGAUUCGUUUCGUCGGUAUGUUCGGGAUGAUACGCGACAAGCGCGAAUUCGAUAAGAUUGAUAAAUUUCGGUGUUUUUGUUGUGGAAGCGAAAGAGACGUGUAAGCGACGAGGAAAGGGCUCGAGGAUGUCGAGGAGUUGUGGAGGCUGGCACUGUCGGCCUAUGCCAGGCUUCCGCUGUGGUUCAUACGCUGUGAAGAAGUGGAGUCACACUGGUCGCUGACUCUGCAGGUAUCAGAGGUUGCCUUGACCUGAGGUUGUGAUGUACCCUUGAUGGACCUGCUGUGUCACCGGGAGGGCUGAUGGUGGAGUCAGCAGCUGGAGGCAGGGGUGCUGAGGAAGGGAGACUGCCCUACACUGCUGAUGGUCCCGGUAAGCCAGAGGAAAUGGACAGACGGGACCCUCAAGCUGUAGCCCCACACGGCGAGAACGACGAAAGCUGUCCGACGGAAGAGGAGAGCAGGCAUGGCCGAGCUUCCAGUAGAGGAGUUCAGAGUGUUGAGGCUUUUGCAUGGACAGAGGAUGAACAGCAUCAGCAGGGCCAUGCAGGUCCAGCUGUAGCAAAGCUUCCAAACGGUAAUGUGGAAUGUGUCUCUCGUACAGCAUCCAGAUGCGAUUCCUGUGAUCAAGCUAACCCUGCUAAAUGUUGCUCUUUGGACAGAGAUAGCAAAGUAUUUGUUAAUGGUGAAUUAUUGUCAGGUUCUGAAUGUGCUUCUUUGAACGCUGAUGUAUCACCAGCAUCGUCCACAAGCUUUGUCUUGUGUGUUCCAAAACCUCAGUUACAUGACGCAACCCAAGAUAUGGGAGCAGUCCUACACCAAAAUACAAAUGUGUCCAGCAAUGUCAGCUCAGGCUACACUUCCAGUAGUACACUAUCUAGUCUGGUUCAAAGGGAAGCCACUGAUGGAGGUCAGGAAUCAGGAAUGACCUCAAAAAAUUGCUCUUCUGCAGCAGACUCUGAAUCCAUGCUCCGCUCUCUCCGGACCUUCUCCCCGAGCGAUUUCCGCAGUGAACCACUUCCAUCGAAUCCUGAGGACAGGGAAUCAUGUCCUGGUCCUAACGGACAACAGGAAGACAGCUUAACGUUAAUGGACGUGAGCCUGAACUCUAGAAACACGUAUGAAAUCAGCCGGCGCCAGAGCGCCCCGGACAACAUGCCCGGAGUCUUGACUGUGGCCUCUUCGGAUCCGUCACUGAAGCAGAAAAAACAAGGCCUCUCCGAAAUCUUCGGCAGGGGCCUGUUCUCCAGGAAGCAGAGGGAGGCCCAGAGUGCACCUGGCUGGAAGCUUUUUGGAAAGGUCCCGCUGCGAGAAAGCCCUCCAAAAGACUCCAAGACCAUCCAGCAGGACAGUAACCCAGGCAAUCUCACAUCUGUAUCAACACCCAAUCUCUUAAGUGCAGGGGAGUACGAGGCCAAGGCCAGUAAAGGAGGUCACAGCCCGCCCCAGCCUUCCCAAGGACGGCGUAAGAACCUAGAGUUUGAGCCUCUGUCCACCACAGCUCUCAUAUUAGAAGACCGGCCAGCCAACCUUCCUGCUAAGCCAGAGGAAGAAGCUCAACGCCACCGGCAAGAAUAUGACGAGAUGGUGGCUGAGGCUAAAAAGAGAGAGCUGAAGGAGGCCCAGAAGAAAAAGCAACAGAUGAAGGAACGCUUCAAGCAGGAGGAUAACAUCUCCAAUGCCAUGGUUGUCUGGAACACUGAGAUCCUGCCCAACUGGGACAGCAUGCGUGGUACUCGUAGGGUUAAAGAUUUGUGGUGGCAGGGCCUUCCACCAAACGUCAGGGGCAAAGUAUGGAGCCUGGCCAUCGGAAAUGAGCUCAACAUUACUCCAGAGCUGUAUGAGAUCUUCCUGUCCCGGGCCAAGGAGCGCUGGAGGACCUUUAGAGACACGGGCUGUGAGGUGGAGACAGAAGUAGACAGCGGAGCAUCAGUGGCAGACCGAGAGAGCAGCCUGGAUCUGAUCAAACUGGACAUUUCCCGCACCUUCCCCUCACUCUUCAUCUUCCAGAAGGGAGGGCCAUAUCAUGACCUCCUCCACAGCGUACUCGGAGCCUACACCUGUUACCGGCCUGAUGUGGGAUAUGUCCAGGGCAUGUCCUUCAUUGCUGCUGUGUUGAUUUUAAACAUGGAGGAGGCUGAUGCGUUUAUCGCCUUCGCCAACCUCCUCAACAAGCCCUGCCAGAUGGCUUUCUUCCGAGUCGACCAUGAACUGAUGCUGAAGUACUUUGCAGCAUUUCAGGUAUUUUUUGAGGAAAACCUUCCAAAGCUGUUCAGUCACUUCCAAAGCUCCAGCCUUACCCCAGAUCUCUAUCUGAUUGACUGGAUCUUUACCCUCUACAGCAAGUCUCUGCCGCUGGAUGUGGCGUGCCGUGUGUGGGACGUGUUCUGCCGUGAUGGAGAGGAGUUCUUAUUCCGGACGGGGCUCGGCAUCCUGCGCCUAUAUGAGGAGGUUCUGCUAUGCAUGGACUUCAUCCACAUUGCCCAGUUCCUCACACGCCUGCCUGAUGACGUCUCUGUUGACCGCCUCUUUGGCUGCAUUUCUUGCACACAAAUGACCAGCAACAACCGCAAGUGGACCCAGGUAUUUAGUGCGCUAAUGAAGGACAAAGAAGUGGACAAAAGCAGCAGCCCUUCCCUGAAGAGCUCUUGACCCAUCUAUUCUAAAUCUCUUUUAUAAUGUCUGUUCUUGAAAGGUUUUUAAUAAUGGCAGUGGUGUAAGUUAAAGCUUGCUGGCUUUAGAGCAAUGAAAGUCACAUUGACUGAAGUAAAACUCUCUCUCUGGAACAGUUGCCAGGAUUAGGAAAACUGUGAUUUUUGUAGGAGUAGCUGUACAACGUAAAGGAAUACACCAACAUUCUUUUCAACCUAAUCUCUUUGCCACAUUUGUGGCAUACUGAAAAUUGCCACAGACACAACUUGUGCAACUGCCCAUUGACAUUUAAUAGGAUUGUUUUGAGUCAGUGGGAUUUCUGUUUUUCCCCCCCCAAGUACAGGAAAAUGGUCAGUAUCCAUAAUCAGACAGAGAUUAGGUAGAAAAACUCUGGGGUAUCCCUUUGACUCUAUAUAAUCUAUAAACAGUUACUUUUUAGUUUGGUAUGUUCUCAGACAGGGCAUACAAACGUGCAUCAGGAGAAUAUGAAAAUAUUCCACCAGCCUCCUAAUGUGCUGUGCUCGUAACCAGCAAAUUGUUUGCUGUGAUUUUCUUGUGGAGAAAUAAUUCCUCAGAAAUGUUACAUCAACAGCUGGCACGUUGUAUACAGUGGGCCAGUGCUCAUGUCUGUCAUCUCUAUUGUAAGGAAUCUAAGUGUAUGGCUGCUUUUUUUCACCUAACAUAUUUAAUACAUUAACUAAUAAUGUACUUGAAGCUGUGAUCCUUAUGAAGGAUAUUUGUUCUUAAUUCAGACAUACUCAACCACUAGCUUCAGAAAAGAGGAAAAAAGACUUUAUACACAAAGAGUUAAAAGUUUUAGGUGAACUGACUUGUUUUCUGCAGUUAAGCUAAAAGUGGUCCAUAUUAAGCUUUGAGCCAGAAAAGAGUGAGAACUCUUUACUGUACGCUAGCAGUAGUGGCUGUCCCAUUCCGAGUCUUUAUUCAGUACAAAACUGACGUGCAGAUUUUCAUCCCGUCCCAAUGGCUAAGUAACACGGAAACAUGGAAAAUUUGUAUGUUUUUCAUCUCUCCGAUGCAUCUUGAUCACUCAGUCCACAGACAAUAAAUAAGACAUGUUUGACUGUACUUAAAAAAGAAGACAAACCUGUUGACAGGCAGGUGCUGUUUGAGCAAAUGUGUCAGCAACUUUUCUGUUCUUUUCCAAGUACAGGAAAAAUAUGGUAAUCAGCAAUAUAUUGCACAUAAGGCAAAUAAAGACUAGGUUCAAAUUCAUUGAAAUAUUCCUUUAAACUGUGCUGCUUUGAAAAAAAAAGGAAUGCACUGAAUGUACUUGUUUCAAAUGUGCACAUUAUGUCCACAUUAAAAAAAUAGAUCAAUGCAGUUAUUGGCAAAUGCAAAUAUACAGGGUGAUUCAAAAAGAUUAAUCCGAUUUCAAAAUGAUUUAUUUCACUUGUAUAUCAUUACAGAACAAUGCAGUAAACUGUAAAUGGUUUAAGUGAGCGUGAAGUUUGUGUAAUUUCAAACAACUCUGUAUGAACCUCCUCCAGCUGUACGGACAACAUUAACACCAUAGUCAAAUUCAUCCCAUACUCGAUUGAGCAUGUCGGGUGUCACUGUACUCCCAGCUCUUUCAGUGCGAUUUCGGAGAUCAUCCAGUGUUGUGGAACCAAUGACGAACGCUCUGAGCUGUUGGAAGUUCACUGCCAAAAAUCACGUUGCACAGU